AUAACCCAAGACCUGGUCUAUCUCUUCUUAUAUGUAUAUUCUUACCUCUCUACUUGUUCUGCUUGCCUACCUCUUAUGAAUCUUAAAAACUUUCUCGUCACGUGAUUAAUUGGUUACCAUAAUAAAGUUUUCAAUCUGGUUUCCAAUAUUGUUGGCUACAGAAGAUGAAAAAAUCUAGAAGCAGUAUUAGCAGUGAUAGUGAAAGUGGAAAGAGAUGCAAUAGAGGGCACUGGAAGCCAGCUGAAGAUGAGAAACUCCAACUACUUGUUGAACAGCAUGGUCCCCAGAAUUGGAAUUUUAUUGCAGACCAUCUAGAAGGAAGAUCAGGGAAAAGUUGCAGAUUGAGAUGGUACAACCAACUUGAUCCCAAUAUUAACAAGGAGCCAUUUACAACAGAAGAGGAACAAAGGCUUCUUGCAGCUCAUCGGAUUUAUGGAAACAAAUGGGCUUUCAUAGCUCGCUAUUUCAAAGGUAGAACUGAUAAUACCGUGAAGAAUCAGUACCAUAUUAUGAUGGCAAGAAGAAAACGUGAAAGGUGCUCAGUCCAAGGUCAUCGAAGUCACUCCAAGUUCCAAAACCUUCAAAAAUUAGGGACCUCAUCCAUGAGUUCAUUACAUUCUUUAAGUUUUAGCCAGUCAACGAUGACAACAGAUUCAUUCAGUGUUGAUAUUUUUGGUGGAGGAAGAAAGAAACAUUUAGGUCCAAGUAUUUCUUCAUGUGCCAAUGAGACAUCACAUGGAAUCCCUGUUGUCCACGAGGUUGUUCCUCAAUCUUUCAAAUUCUCAAAUUUUGCUGGGGUUUAUGAAAGUGAAGAAAUGCUCAACUUAGAGGGACUUGAUGAUAACUCCAAUGCAUUUUGGAACUUGAAAAUGGCUUCUGAGCAAGAUCAAGGAGAUGGAUCGAUCACUCACAAGGCUGUUCCCUUCAUAGAUUUUUUUGGCGUGGGAAUCUCUUAAUAAUAAUUAGUUAUGCGAACUCAUUCUCAUCAGCUGAGUUCUUUGAGUCUAAAUUUUAUGAACUACAGCCUCAUUUAUCUUUAUAUUACAUGCAUAAGAGAACAUCUAUCAACAUUUAGGGCCUAGCUUAGCUUGAAUUAAGCAUAUUGAGGAGGCUGUUUUAUAUUAUGAUAUGCAAUUAUUGCAUAUCACGGAACUGCAGUACAUAUUUUGUGAAGCUUAGCUUGAAUUAAACAUAUGUACAAGGAUGUUAUAUUUCUUUAUGUUUAUGAUAUAUGUAAGGACUGAAAUUGGAUUGGACCCAAUAUAAGAUUGAGUUUUAGCCCA